CCUGUUCUCAGUGAGAUGUCGAAAGCGAGGUGUGAAGCACCGUAAAUCAGAGAGGUGAAAAUUGUCAAAAAAGGGAUGAAGAUUGUGCGCGGGAAUAUUCUUAUGUAAUGUCUAAAAGCGGAGUGCCAAUCCGACGGAAACAGUGCUGAAUUUAAACCGCUAAAUUAACUAAACAAAGACUGACCUACUGCUACUGAUAAGCAGUUCAAGCACGUCGCACAUGAAUCCACCAAGUUUCUCUCUAUAAAACCGUUUCAGGAAAUGGGGUGCAAAACCUACCUUUUCCACCUCCUGCUUUUCGCCAAAGUUUUUUCCUCACCUGUUUGCAACGUCGCCGACGACUGUCAAUGUAUACCUGGAUCAGAUUUAGAAGUACAAUGUCCUCCAAUGCUCGAAUAUAAUUCCAAUAAAGAACAUGUAAUAAUCCACUUCAAGGAAAGAAAACGAGCUAUUAAUAUAGACUGCCGCAGUAGCAAGAGAUUCCGUAUGGAUUUGCUCCCGAAUAUCAUCGCAGGAGACAAAACAGUACUGAUCAUAGAUUCUUGUCCCCUUCCAGAGCGAAAUUUCAAGCAAAUCGCAGACCAUUUCUUAAUGAAAGCGGUUGAAACUCUUCAUUUGAGAAACUACACAAACGUGACUUUAAACCGUGACUACUUUGAAGGACUUCAGUUAGAGGAGCUUAAAGUUACAGAUUCAAACUACCUUUACAUAGAAGAAGAUACUUUCGACAACAUUCCGAAUCUGCGUUCCUUGGAACUAGCUAAAAAUAAGAAUCUUGUAAUAAAUGCGAGAGCUUUUCGCAAUUUAACGAGACUAAAGAUCCUGUAUUUGAUGCAAAAUCAACUAGAUGAUGUACCCGAAGGCCUAUUUCAGAAUUUAAAAAAUCUGAAAAGUCUGCAUCUUUUCAACAAUCGGCUGAAAGUUAUAACAGAUGAAACUUUCUCUGGAUUGUCAAAUCUAGUGAUGCUUGAACUCAGAACCAACAGAAUCGAAAAUGUUUCAGAGAAUGCGUUCCGGAAUUUAAAAAAUUUAUCAGCUGUGAAUUUGUCUGACAAUCGUAUUAGAACUAUAUCGCCUAAUAUUUUUAAAAAUAAUGGAAACCUCACUGAGAUUCGGAUGAUGCACAAUCGCGAGUUGCAACUCCCUGAUUACUUGUUUGCGAAUUUGGGUUCGCUGAAGAUCGUCGAUUUGUCACAGUGUGACUUAUCUUCUAUACCUGAACACAUUUUCGAAAAUUCCACAAAUCUAAAUGAAACCAACUUGGAAAGAAAUAAGUUGGUAACGAUUUCUCCGCGGUUGUUUCAAGGACUCAGAAAUCUAGAAAAUCUGAACCUUAAAGAUAACUUGAUUAGCGAGAUUGAUGACUUGGUUUUUCAAGAGUUGGGAGGUUUGAAAAUUAUCAACCUGGAGAAGAAUCGUAUCGUGAAGAUACACCAUAGAGCGUUUUACGGUACAAGAAAUUUGAUAGAUAUCAAUUUGUCCCAAAACCAGCUUUUGAAAAAUGAAAAACGAGUAGAUAUUUUGGCACAACUCGAACAUGUGCAGGAGCUGGAUCUGAGUCACAAUUUAAUCACAGAUAUACGUGACGUGGUGCAGACAAGCUUCCACUCAAAACUCAAGGUGCUGAAUCUGAGUCAUAAUCGCCUCACGGUGAUAAAGUUGGCAGAAGUACCAUUUUCCUAUGACGUAGAGGUCAACCUUGAUCGCAACAACAUCACCAAAGUUGACUUCGAAGACAUCGAAGACAACUCGCGUGGACAAGGAAGGAUCAAAUUUUCGCUUAGAGACAACCCAAUUGACUGCAACUGUGACAACUACGAUCUCUUUCGAUUCUUAAAGAACGAGAUUCACCAAAAUACGUCAGAAAAUUUUAUCAUAGACAGUGACGACGUGGUCUGUCAAGCUCCCAAAAAAGCCAAAGGUUCUAAAUUGGUGAAAUUACGACCUGAUGAUAUAACCUGUGGAAUAAAGAACACAUCCGCGUGUCCUUUGUCAUGUUCUUGUAGUUGGCGGCCGUUUGAUACCUCCGUGGUCGUCAAUUGUUCACAGAGGCAUUUGACGGAAUUUCCAGCAAUCAACCACAAAGAAUUAAUGAGUUUGUUUACGUUCAAUCAAACCGAGGUUCAUCUUCAAGGUAAUGCUUUGGAAGCUGGACCUUCUGAAAAUGUCACAGGGUACGACAAUAUCACAAGGUUGUUCCUGUCCAACAACAAUAUUAAGAAAAUGGAGUGGUUGCCGCCAAACUUGAAGGAACUCCAUCUAGACAACAACAAUCUCACCUCUCUAUCUUACAACGUUCUGGAUGGACUCAACGACACUGUUUUAACCCUCCACAACAACCAUUGGACUUGCGACUGCGACUCACUCACCUUCACCAAGUUUCUACGUCAGCAUUCUAGUCAAGUAGACGUCAGCCAAGUAAAGUGUCACCACAACCAAAGGUUACUUCACAGUUUAAGUGAAACGGACCUUUGUUUCGCGAAUCUGCUUUUCUACAUCCUUCUACCCGUCCUGUCGUUCGUGCUCUUCGUCAUGUUCCUCAUGUUCUUGUUCUAUCGCCACCAAGAACCCAUCAAAAUUUGGCUGUUCGCCCAUGGGUACCUCUUGUGGUGGGUAACGGAAGAAGAGCUCGACAAAGACAAGGAGUACGACGCUUUCAUCAGCUACUCCCACAAAGACGAAGAUUUCAUCAUCCAGAACCUUCUCCCGGUACUAGAAGGUGGCCCAAAUCCCUACAAGCUGUGUCUCCACUACAGACACUUUAUCCCCGGGGAAAUGAUCUCGACGCAAGUCACGAAGUCUGUUUUGAAGUCCCGCAGGACUUUAGUCGUGCUUUCCCCGAAUUUCCUGGAAAGUGUUUGGGGCAAAAUGGAGUUUCGUACUGCGCAUACUCAAGCGAUGGCGGAAGGAAGAGCCAGAGUUAUCAUUGUGUUGUACGGCGAGGUGGAUAUGGAUAUGUUAGAUGACGAGUUAAAAGCGUACUUGAAGACUAACACUUACGUGAAAUGGGGUGACCCCUAUUUUUGGAAUAAGUUAAAAUACGCGCUCCCUCACUCUAAACGGAAAACCCUAAAGAAUCAGCAAAAAAUUACGAACGUAAUGAACUGUAUAGACGACAAGUUUAAUUUGGUGGUACCUGUGACGCCGAAUCCGGGUACUACACCACCAGUUCUUAGUUUAAGUCAAAGUGUGUUGAAGAAGAGUCCGCUGGAUUUUGUGCUUAGGCAAGGGAUAAGUACUCCUCCCGCAGAAGGUGUUACGGUGUAGUUAAAGACUGAAACACAGAGUGGUUGUGUUGAUAGUGUGCCAAAAUUCGAUUGUGUUACAUAACCUGAAGUCUUUGGAGCUACGAGUCGUACUAUGGCUAAUGCUACAAAGUACCUAUAUCAUAAAAACUGUGAUAUUUAGACAUGUUUGUAGAUAUCGUUUUAAAGUACCUUUAUUUUGUGUUUUAAGAAAUACGCAAAUUUUAUUCCGCCCUGCUUGUUUGUAUUUUUUUAUGGAAAUAAAUAAAUGGCUAUCUGUUUU